UCCCUCAUCUCCUCCCAACUCGCAGUGGAAUUGCCACCCAAACCAAACAAAAAACUAUUUACCAUACGAGGAAAAAACAAAAAACAAGCUUUGAUACACGUACCCUUUCUGUGGGGUGAAAACGCAUAUCCAUAUCCAUUCUUCUUCGCUUGCGUCAUGUAUGCAUCAGACUAGAUCGAUGGUUGCCCCUCGCUCCCCCGGGUCACCCUUGCUUGAGCCUUCCUUCAAUGUCCUCUGGGCAUUUGUGUCACUCCGCUACUUCUCCACACUACUUUUUCUUUAAUCUAUAGGUGAUGGUGGGGUGCAAUAAAGAAACCCAUCCAUCUGUUUAGUGCUGCCAUCUCAAGAAGCCUAUAGACUAGUGAUGUCUCCUUUGGUGGACACAAGCCUGAUGAAGCUGGGUAACCAGGAGGGAAGGGGUGAUCGGAAGGAGGUCCUCAACUUCCCCGGCUCGUAAUUCUUGUUUAGCUAGCUUUAGUAGAUAUGGCAGAUGGGUGCGAGUAUGACGAGGACUUUGAGGAAGAGGAGGUUUGGGCUGUUAUGCCGGAGAUGAAAGAAGCGAGACCCAAGGAUUCAUCUUGUGCCUCUUCAUCUUCUUCUUCUGCUAGGCGUCUUCUGACUGGUGCAAGAAUGAUACCCAGGUCCAGUGCUAACUCGGAACCAAGCGGUAGAUCCCUCAGAAGAUCUGCUCCCGUUCGCAUCCCUGAGUGGCCCAAGGUUUACAAGCAUCGUCAGAGACAAAGCUUUGGAGCUCACGGCUACGAGGAUGAGUUCCAUCGCCGCGGCGGCAGCCAUGAGAAUGUUGAUGAAGAGGAGGAGGAUGAUGAUGAUCGUAGAGCCCCCCCACAUGAAUGGCUCGCGAAGAAGAUGGCUAGGAGCCAGAUCUCGUCCUCCUCGGUCUUUGAAGGGGCAGGGAGAACCCUCAAGGGGAGAGAUCUCAGCAAGGUGAGGAAUGCUGUGCUUAUAAAGACUGGUUUCUUAGAGUAGGAUGAGAUGUAAAAUAGGUUGAGUGUGAGGUCAUUGUCAUGAUUUUGCUGUGAAAACGGUACCUCGGUGCGGCAAUUGGGCUACCUUUUGUCUUGCUUCCCUUCUCUUUGGCCUGACAGACAGCAUUGAGAUUUUGUUGUGUGUUGCGGGAGGAGGAGAUGAGAUGUUCUUCUCUUACUCUGUAACACCGGGCAUGUAUAACCAGUUAACGACCUCCCUCCCUUCGCUGCCAUGUACAAGGAAUGUUUUUUUUAGUCUUGCACAAACCGGGUUGCUUUCUUCUUCUUUUUCUUCUUUUGUUGCCAGCGACUAGUUUUCCCUACCAUGUGCACUCUCUCUCUCUCUCUCUCUCUCUCUCUCUCUCUCGUUUUCAGAAGCGGUCGUAUUAAUCACAUAAGCAUAUAAAUAUAAAUAAAUAAAUGCAUAGUUGCGUGUUCUGC